CAGAGAAUACACGAAGCGUGACCUGCAUUUUCUGUAACAUGGCCCCCAAGGUCCCUGUCAGGGGAUUGCGAACCACCAGACUGGCGCCCUGGCCCUGACCAACAGCGCGGGAACAGGGCGGGCCUUACGUCAGUUCCGAGCAGAGACGAAAAAGAAGGGAAGCCGUUCUUCUGCCCACCUCACCUUCAACACGAUCUGAUGAACCCGAAAAUCGAGUCCCUCGGGUCUACAGAGUAGUGCCUCGAGCUACGGCCACCUCACUUCCCCGUCGCAAUCCCUCGAUCGACCAUCGCAUUCACGACCCGAACGAUCCGCCGAGUAACCGAAUAAGCCCCCCCUCGCCAACCCGCCCAACAACAGCCGGUGUGUUCCGGCCGAGUUUGUAGACAAGAUGAAGAUGGGAUGGACAAUGGCGCCGAAAAUUACAGCGUUGCUAGGCGCGCUGCUGCUUGUAGCGCCCGGCGCAAGCGCACAGGGAGGAAAACUGGAGGUCGACCUUGAUUCAUCAUCCUCGAUCAGGUCGGCCGCCAAGGUCGUUGCGGCCAACCUCAUGAACUACUACAGCGGAGACGAGCCCGGCCAGACCCCCGGCAUCCUCCCCGGGCCGCCGCCGGGGGGUCCGUACUACUGGUGGCAGGCCGGCGCCAUGUGGGGCACCAUCGUCGACUACUGGUUCUACACGGGCGACGACCAGUACAACGCCGAGGCAUUGCGGUCCAUGGUGUUCCAGGCCGAGGCCCCCGUCAACGCCUACAUGCCGCGCAACUGGACCGCCUCACUGGGCAACGACGACCAGGGCUUCUGGGGCAUGUCCGCCAUGCUCGCCGCCGAGGUCAACUUCCCGAACCCCAAACCCGACCAGCCGCAGUGGCUCGCCCUCGCGCAGGCCGUCUUCAACACCCAGGUGGCCCGCUGGGAGACCCAGGACUGCGCCGGCGGUCUGCGGUGGCAGGUCGAGCACACCAACGGCGGCUACGACUACAAAAACACCAUCGCCAACGGCGUGUUCCUCAACAUCGCCUCGCGCCUGGCCCGCUACACGCGGAACGAGACGUACGCCCACUGGACCGAGAAGACGUGGGACUGGAUCGAGGCCAUGGGCUACAUCACCGAGGACUACAACGUCCUGGACGGCGCCCACAUCCCGUUCAACUGCACCGACCUGAACCCGGUCCAGUUCUCGGCCAACGCCGCCAUUCUCAUCCACGCCGCUGCCGUGAUGUACAAUUACACCGAAGGCGCCACCCGCACCAAAUGGCAAGGCCGCGUCGCCGGCCUGCUCAACCGCACGGUCGAGCACUUCUUCCCGGAGGGCAUCAUGAUCGAGCGCCCCUGCGAGCUGGAAGACCGAGUCCAAUGCAACACCGACCAGCACUCCUUCAAGGGCUACAUGCACCGCGCGCUCGCCACCGUCGCCGUCCUCGCCCCCUUCACCUACGCCGACGUCAUGAAGACGCUGCGCUCCUCCACCGAAGGCUGCGUCACCUCCUGCCUCGCCGACGGCACCUGCGGCUUCCGCUGGAACACGGGCGAGUACGAUAACGAUGUGGCGGCCGGCCCCGCGGGCCAGCAGAUGAGUGCGCUGGCGGCGCUGUCGACCCUGUUGAUUGAUCAGGGCCAUGUGCUGAAUGGCCCGCUGACGAACCAGACGGGUGGCACGAGCCAGGGGGAUCCGAAUGCCGGGCAGAAGUUCCAGGGCUUGUCGCCGCCGAGGGAGAUUACUACGGGGGAUAGGGCUGGGUCGGGGAUUGUCACGGCGGUGGUGUUGGCGUCGUUUUUGGGGAGCGUGGCGUGGAUGGGGAUGUCGUGGUCGGAGUAGGCUGGGUACCUGCUUACCUAGGUUUGUGGGGGGUGGGUGGUUUGUUGUGUUGCGUGGUUACUGCUUGUAGGGUAUGGGAUGGGGAUUGGGUGGUUGGAUGUGUCGGCUUUUGUGUGUUGAGCGUUGAUCAGCGAGCGAUUGCACAGCGGCGCAAGGCAAAGCAGGUAAUGCUCGGCUGGACGGGUUUCUUUUUCCUUUUGCUGUUGUAUGGCGUUUGGGACAGACGUGUGCUUGGUAUGUAGUACGAAUAUUGGCUUCGGGUUAUAUGUGGUUUUGGAUUAUUGUCGAGUUUACUUCGGUUCUGCACCAGUUCGAAAUAAAUCUGGGUAUGUUGCCCGUCUUUUGGA